AUGGAACCACAACUAGCAACCGCCCCAAAUCCACGCUCCGCUGUCAUAGGGGAGGCUGCAGGCACCCGCCCUCAUAACACCGAGCUGGGUGGCUGGUGCCUGAGCCUUGUUAGGGCCAGCCCCAGGGACCUCCAGCUGCGGGAGGUCUCCUCAGAGCACAAUGCUGCACUCGCAAGUGAAGGAUCAAGCUCUCCACGGAGACCGGCCAACAGCGGCAUCAGUCCCCAGGAGGAGACCGGCUGCAGGGGGGCCGAGACGCUCCUCACAGCAGAGUUCCAAACCUGGGUCUCUUGCUGGCGAGUGUGUGUGUCAGUCGUGAGGGAACCGCCCGCCGCUCCCGGUGCCGAGAGCAGCCUCGGGACAAGGAACGGGCAAGGAGCGACUCUGCACGCGCGGUUCCAGGCGACGAUCAUGCCCUGGGCACCUCGUGUGGAGAUCGGAGCCAGAUGCCACCAGGCGUGGGGCGCAGAAGGAGAGGGGGGCCAGCGUCGGCAGGCGCCCUUCCCCGGGGCCCCGGCUCGCACGCCAAGCUGCUGGGGGGGCCCCGGACUGCGCCCAGGGCCGUCCGCUGGUUUUGCCCCGGAGAAGUGGAGCAGACUGCUCUUCUCAGGCCGCUGGUUCUCGGCGCACGUGUUGCUUCACGAAAACAGGAUUAUUUGUGAAGCGACAGGAGCAGCAUCGGGAUCUUAUCACGCAGCUCGUGGUUUGAACUUUAUUGAUUUGAUGGUGCGACAGGGGAAUAUCGACAGCCCUCCUAAGACACCACUUGUUCCUGGGUUUGAAUGCUCUGGAAUUGUAGAAGCUCUUGGAGAUAGCGUGAAAGGAUUUGAGAUUGGAGACAGAGUCAUGGCUUUUGUAAACUACAAUGCAUGGGCUGAAGUAGUAUGUACCCCGGUAGAAUUUGUCUACAAGAUCCCAGAUGACAUGAGUUUUUCUGAAGCUGCUGCGUUUCCCAUGAACUUUGUAACUGCCUACAUGAUGCUCUUUGAAGUUGCUAACCUAAGAGAAGGCAUGUCUGUGCUGGUUCACUCGGCAGGAGGUGGGGUGGGUCAAGCUGUUGCUCAGCUCUGUUCAACUAUUCCCAAUGUUACUGUUUUUGGAACAGCUUCAUCUUUCAAACAUGAAGCAAUCAAAGACUCAGUAACUCACCUGUUUGACAGAAAUGCCGACUAUGUUCAAGAAGUGAAAAGAAUCUCAGCAGAUGGAGUAGAUAUUGUUUUGGACUGUCUUUGUGGAGAAAAUACUGGAAAAGGCCUCAGUCUUCUCAAACCACUUGGGACUUACAUUUUAUACGGUUCAUCUAACAUGGUUACUGGGGAGACAAAAAGCUUCUUCAGUUUUGCAAAAUCAUGGUGGCAGGUUGAGAAAGUAAAUCCUAUCAAGCUGUAUGAAGAGAACAAAGUCAUCGCUGGAUUUUCCCUGUUGAAUCUACUUUUCAAACAGAAUCGAGGUGCCCUGAUCAAGGGCGUGGUGGACAAACUCCUAAAUCUCUAUAACAGCAAGAAGAUCAAGCCUGUGGUUGAUUCAUUAUGGGCUUUGGAAGAGGUGAAGGAAGCCAUGCAGAGAAUCCAUGACCGAGGAAAUAUAGGAAAACUAAUUCUGGAUGUGGAGAAAGCACCCACUCCCCUGAUGGCCAACGACAGCACAGAGACGAGCGAGGCUGGAGAAGAGGAGGAAGACCACGAAGGGGACAACGAGAAUAAGGAGCGCAUGCCAUUCAUCCAGUAACAACCGAAGGUGGUGGAAGCAGAAAGAUUGAUGAAGUAGAAAGGAACAAGACUGGGAAAUCUAUUCUGUGCAUCAGUGAACAAAUGCUGUAGUACAGUGUGUGUUGUAUUUGUCUGCAGUCAACUGAGCUAUGAGCUGUUGAUCAUUGUUGUUUUGAACUCAAGUGCCAUUCUCAUCCAGUGCAGUAUUAUGACAUUGCUGUGUAACACCCAGUUUCCCUGUAGCAGUCCCAUGGAUUUUUCUGUUCCGGUUUAAAAGCCUUAUUAACUUACCGUGUAAUUUUAGAUGGGCAUCUUUCUUAUGCAAAUUCCAACAUUUUGCAUAAAGUUAUUUGGGGAGCUUGGGCUUUUUUUACAAGUUGGAAACAGUAACAAAAAAAAUUCCCCACUUCUCUGGAUGAUUGUAACUGGAGGGAGGUUUUUAAGUUUGUGGAUUUUCAGUGUUAAAAUAGUUUUAAUUUUAUGAACCACAGAUAAAAGUUACAA